UACUUCUAUCUCUCUCUCCUUUUAGCAAAGAAACACAGCUAGCACUGUUGAUGAUAUCAGAUUAUACGUAAUUAUGGGGCUUUCAACAUCUUUCUCGGCUUCCUUUCUUCUUCUUCUUCUUCUGGUUCUUAGGCUAUUUGUUGCCGAUGGGCAGCUAGUUCCUGCAUUGUUCAUAUUUGGGGACUCUGUUUUUGAUGUUGGUAACAAUAACAACCUCUUCACCAUCAUAAAAUCAAACUUCCCUCCUUAUGGAAGAGACUUUGUCACUAGAAAGCCAACCGGAAGGUUCUGCAAUGGAAAGCUUGCCUCAGACUUCACUGCUGAUACCCUGUUCCUCCCUUCGUAUCCACUGGCUUAUCUAAGCAAGGAAGCCGCAGGAGAGAACCUCUUGAUCGGUGCAAACUUUGCUUCAGCUGCCUCUGGUUAUUUUGAUGCUACAGCCGACCUAUAUCAUGCGAUUCCAUUAAGGCAGCAGGUGGAGUACUACAGGGAGUAUCAGCAUAGGUUGGUGAAAAUAACAGGGAGAUCAAAUGCUUCAACAAUAAUAUCUGGUGCAAUCUACCUUCUUAGUGCUGGGAGCAGUGACUUUCUUCAGAACUAUUACAUUGACCCUCUUCUCCAAGUGGCCUAUUCUUUUGAUCGCUUCUCAGAAAUUCUCAUCCAAUCCUAUUCAAAUUUCAUUCAGAGGCUAUAUGCAUUGGGAGCAAGGAGAAUUGGAGUGUCAACACUGCCCCCAAUUGGAUGCCUGCCAGCAGCCAUCACAAUAUUUGGGUUGGGUGGCAAUGAGUGUGUGGGCAGGUUAAACGAAGAUGCAAUUUCCUUCAACAACAGGCUCAAUGCCACUUCUCAGAGGCUGCAAAAUGACCUUUCUGGUCUCAUAUUGGUUGUCCUCGAUAUCUACCAACCUCUUUUAAAUCUUUCCACAGAUCCUACAGCAAAUGGGUUUUUGGAGGCAAGGAGGGCUUGCUGUGGAACAGGAUUGCUAGAGACGUCAAUACUAUGCAAUCCACACUCUGUGGGCACCUGUGCGAAUGCAUCAGAUUACGUCUUCUGGGACGGUUUCCAUCCGACGGAGGCUGCAAACUACAUUUUAGCUGGAACUUUGACCGGCAGUGGUUCUCUGCUCAUCGGCUAAUCAAACACAUGCAUGUACCUCAACAUCACUCUGCUUUGCUCUUCAACCGAUCCAAUGAUCGAUGCUGUUGUUGAGGGUUUGCUUAAUUUUAUAUUUCUUGUGGGUUUGUUUGCAAUAAAAUAUAUAUGGUAAAGGAUGGAAGAAGAAAGAGAUUUGUAUGAUUAGAUAUAAUUCUACCGAUUAGAUUAAAAGUAA